AACGAAAAAAGCCGAGCGGAACCGAGUUGUCCAGCGACCAUUUUCGCGAUUGCGUCCGCCAUUGUUGAAGUCUUUAGCUAGUAGCAGUGUUACAGUUUUCGUCUUGUCUGUUUUUAAAAACUCAGAGACAAUGCCGUCUCUGUUAUUUUGCGGGCCCAAAUUAGCCGCCUGUGGGAUUGUGUUAAGCAUCUGGGGAGUCGUCAUGUUGGCGAUGCUGGGGAUCUUCUUCAGUGCAAAAUCUGCUGUGCUGAUCGAGGAUGUUCCCUUUACUGAGGAAGACAUCAGAAAUGACAAAAACCCACCCCAGGCAAUCUACAGCCUGUACAACCAGGUGGCCAUCAACUGCUUCAUUGCUGCUGCUGUUUAUGUUGGAGUGGGUGCUAUUUCUCUAUGCCAGGUUCGCCUGAACAAGCGCCAGGAGUACAUGGUGACAUAAGCGAAAGAUGUCAAGCACUCCACCAAAUCUUCCAAACGUUAUUUAUUUGCAGAUGACUUUAUUUAUUAUAAUGGAUUGGUUGUAGUAGCAGUUCAAGGUUUCCGUCUUUAGAAACGUAACAUGAAAAAAAUGGAAAAUAUAGACACAAAUUAAAAGUUUACUCUAUCGAUGAUAAUCUAAACAAUUAUAAAAUAAACUUUAAAAUGUUCUUUUGCAUGUGUGUGAAGAUGGAUGUUUUGUGAAUUACACAUUCCCACAACAGACUGAGGAGAGGAGACGGUAGAAUCAAUUAAUCACUGGACCACAAAAAGACCAGCUGUUAAUGAUAAAUUAUUCUGCAGCAUUGUACGGUCAAAAACAGAGUGACUUUGGUGUGAAAACAUUCCUGUCUAUUAAUGUGUGACUCUUUAUAGUAAUAGAAAUGUGUUAUUUAUUAAGUGCAUUAUGUAUUCAUCUCUUCAUGUUGGAAAUUAUACUUGCUCACAGUGCUUAAGUUAUUUUUUUUUCCAUUCCCUGUCUACAUUAUAUGAAUGUGAUGGCAGUGAGACAUUACCCUGAAUAACAUGUCACUGGAAAUAAAAGGCUUAUUGUUUAAA